AUGAUGAACAGAAUGAACAUAUCACCCAACAUCUCAGCUACCAGCCUACCACAAUAUCAAAGACGAAAUCAUGUUAUCCAGUGGCAAGUACCAAGUCGAGGUUGGGUCAAGUGCAACUACGAUGCCUCUCAUCAUGACGGAGAUCAAGAUUCUGGAAUGGGUUGGAUUAUACGCAAUUCAAAUGGUCAUUUCCUUGAUUGUGGCAUGGAUAAAUAUCAGGGACGAGUCUCGGCAGUGGAGUCGGAAUGCUCCGCUUUACUUUGGGCACUACAAGCAACUUGGGCUUUAGGGUAUUGA